GCUUCCCGUUUGUUUUUGCAACGCUACACCUGAGCUGCUUCUACCUGCCACCUGAGGAGAAACCAACACUGCGCCGUGUUUGCUGUCAGGCUGGUUUCUCACAAUGGACACGGGAGACAAAGGAAAUCAGAAGGACAAAGAGGAGGCAAAGCAGGACUCAGGGGAGGAGACAGGAGGCCUUGACUGGCUUCUUAAAAACAAAGACUCAGAGACGAGUCCUGAGCCCAUGGACAGCAACGUCUUGCUAUCAAGACUGCAGAAUACUCCUACCAGCAUCUACAGCAGCAAUGUGUUCACGAGGGACAAAGUAUUCAAAGCAGCAUCUCAGGGGGACGCCGCUCAGCUCAGCGGCCUGCUGGACUACCUGCGACUCAACAACAAGCGACUUACGAGCCCAGAUUUUAUAGAUGAAACUAAUGGGAAAACAGCACUCUUAAAAGCUUUGCUGAACUUGAAGGAUGGUAAAAAUGACACCAUUGAGGUCCUGAUUGACAUAGCAGAGAAAACCUGUGAUAUAGACAAUUUAAUCAAUGCAGCUUAUACAGAUCCUUGUUAUAAAGGCCAGACAGCCUUGCAUGUCGCCAUUGAAAGACGGAGCUUUGACUACGUAAAGCUGCUGGUCCAGAAAGGAGCAGAUGUCCAAGCCACCGCCAAUGGGACCUUCUUCCAGCGUAACGCCGGGCUCGGCUUUUAUUUUGGUGAGCUGCCUCUGUCCCUGGCCGCCUGCACCAAUCAGCCGGAGAUGGUUUCGUUUCUCAUGGAGAACCCGGACAGGAGAGCCGAUCCCACCCAGAGAGACUCCCAGGGAAACACCGUGUUGCACAUCCUGGUGGUGAUAGCAGACGACAGCACAGAAAACACAGAAGUAGUCGCAAACAUGUACGACAGAAUCCUUGUUCAGCACUACAAGCUCAGCAAAGGCGGCCGAGUCCAGUUAGAGUGGAUGGAGAACAACGAAGGUCUGACGCCUCUGAAACUAGCAGCCAAGCUGGGAAAGAUUGGGCUUUUCAGCCACAUGUUGAACAGAGAGUUUCAGGACGAGGAGACGCGGCCGCUGUCCAGGAAGUUCACAGAAUGGGUCUAUGGACCUGUUCACUCUUCUCUUUAUGACAUGAGCUCCAUGGACACCGACGAAAACAACUCUGUGCUGGAGAUCAUCAUCUUUGGGAGUGAAAUCCCCAACCGUCCAGAGAUGCUGCAGAUCGAACCUCUUCGCAGCCUCCUCCAGGAUAAAUGGAACAGGUUUGCCUCCAAGUUUUUCCUGAUGAAUUUCUCCUUUUACUUGAUGUACCUGGCCAUCUUCACCACCGUGGCCUUCUACAGAAAAGACGGACAGCCGCCCUUUCCGGUGGAAAACAUCCCGGCUGAUCACUUCCGUUGUCUUGGUGAAAUCAUCAGCAUCCUUGGAGCAGCAAGGUUUCUCUAUAAAACUAUAUCUAUUUUCCGGAGGAACCCCCCAAACAUAAGGGCUCUGUUUACUGAUGGGUUCAGUGAAAUUCUGUUUUUCCUGCAGGCAGUCCUCCUCCUGAUGUGUGCAGUGCUGUACUUCUGCGGGCGGAGGGAGUACGUCGGCCUUCUUGUUCUGUCUUUGGCGCUCGCCUGGAUAAAUGUCUUAUAUUAUACCAGAGGGUCGAGGCAGCUGGGGAUCUACAACGUCAUGAUGCAGAGAAUGAUCUUGGGUGACCUUCUACACUUUCUAUGUGUCUACAUUGUCCUGCUGUUUGGAUUUUCCGCUGCCAUUUGUACCCUAAUUGACGACUCAGCUGACCACGCUGGAACAAAACAGAGCAAUGCCACAGUCCCACGAGGGAGGAGCUUUCCUGUCGAAACGUUUAAAUGCAAGAAGCCGAGUUACAACGACAUCCGCUUCACCACGCUGGAACUGCUGAAGUUCACCAUCGGGAUGGGAGACCUGGAGUUCACCGACCACGUUCAGUACAAGGAGGUCUUCUACAUCCUGCUCAUCUGCUACAUCGUCCUCACGUACAUCCUGAUGCUCAACAUGCUCAUCGCCCUGAUGGGCAACACGGUGGAGAGGAUCUCCGAGCAGAGCGAAACCAUCUGGAACCUGCAGAGAGCGUUCACGAUUCUGGACAUGGAGAGGACUCUGCCGCGCUGGCUGAGGGCGAAGCUCCACUCCAGAGCAUCAGAGAUGGUGUGCUUCAGAAACGACCAGAACAAGGCGCGGAGAUUUGUCAGAGUGACUGAAAUGAAAUGGGAAAAAUGGAGAUCGGAUCUUGGCACUGAGCUGAAGGAAGACCCUGUAAAUCACAUCAUGAACGCACCGACCCACCAGGAGAGAUCCGGGAAUCCAUGGGACCUAAAUGUGCUGCUCCAGAGGAUCCGCUCCAGCCGACAUCGACGGGAGGACAACUAUGUUCUCUAACUCCAUCAAUUUCUGUCCCUUAAGAAAUAUUUUUCAGACCUUAAAGCAUAAUUGAUCCAAAUAAUCCAGAAAAUAAUCUUAACUUCAGUGCAGGUCCCUGUGUGUGUUUUAACAUUGUCGAACUACAAUUAACUGUGAAGGUGGUCGUAGCACCCGCUUUAAAUCAUUUCAACUACAUUUCUCCACACAACCUACCUCCUGUGGGGCGAAAACAAUUCUAUUAAUGCUUAUAAGUAAGAUGUUUUUGUAUAAAAAAAUCAUUUCUAGCCUGCUUCUGGAGAUUUAGCAGUGGAUGUGAGUGUAUUUACACGUGUAAAUAGCAGUUUAUGUGCAACACUGUCACUGCAUAUUUUAAAGCUGAUAUAAUGUGAUUCUGGGAAGUUUUCCUCCAAAAGUCAAACUUAGCAGCUGGAGCAAACUAAUAGAGAUUCCCAUGUAAAGAGGAUAGGCCUUAUUUGGACUGAAGUGUAUUAAUCUUUAUCAGCUUCAUCCUCUGCAGGGUAGAAGGUGGUCAGUGGGGAGGAGGUGGGCCACCGCAGGUCUGACACAGAGAAAGGACGUUCCACCGUCUAAACACCAACAGCUCCUGUUAAUUUACAGACUGCUGUUCAGGCUGGUUCUCCAGACGGUGGCACUGAACCAGGUUCACACAGGAGAACCCCACACGGGAUUAUGACUCUAAGAACUGCUGCAUGUCGACGUGAAGAAUCCCAAGCUUUU